AACUCGAAAGGAUUAUGGGGUAGGAAAUUACUUGAGGGAGGAAAGAUGGCGGCCGCCGGUGCGGCAGCGGGCACUGGGGUAGAUGCUGCUAAAUCUAAUAGCUCCGAAGUGCUGCUACACCCUGAACUGCUUUCAAGAGAUUUUAUCCUACUCACUCUGCAGGAGAAAAAUAUUCCAGUUGACAGUGGACGCAGUUCAGACAAGGACAGUCUUACCAACUUAUACCUUCAGCACAUCAUUCCUUUACCUCAGCGAGAGCUGCCAAGCAGUCGAUGGGGAAAGAAGAUGGAAAAGAAGAGAGAGAAGCAGCCAGCAUCAAAUACACAGAGAAACAGUUGUGUUGCUGAUGGAUCAAGAAAGAGGCCUCUGAUUGUUUUUGAUGGCAGCUCCACAAGUACCACUAUAAAAAUUAAGAAAACUGAGCUUGGAGAAUCAAAUCGUUUAAAGCCCCCACCUUCAGGAAACUUAACCAACACCAUUCGUAGGUUGUCUAGCCCAUUAAGUUGUUCUUCUCCAAGUGUACAAAGCAAUUCAACAAUCCACAGGGAUGGAGAAUUGGACAAAAAUGUGGUCCCUAAUAAUCAGAACUUAUCUGGUAACUGCAAGUCUCCCCCAGCCACAGUAGGAACUGGCUGUGUGAAAUUAAAACGAGCUGCCCCCAAAGAUGGUGAAUCUGAUGUUGCCGGCGAAAUAAAAUCUCUGGAGCCUAAGAAGAGAAUUCAGCAUGUUACCUGGCCAUGAAUAUAAGAAUUUUAAAGAGCUGGAGAAUCUAAUGAAGUUGCAGAAAUGUGACCUUCCCAUGUUUUUAAGCAGGUUCGAUAUAACCUGUCUUUGCACAAAACAGACAUUAGGUAAUAGUAGAACGAUUUGGCUUCUGCAGUAGCACAAGAUGCGAUUAACAUGCACAGGUGUAAAUCCAUGAAACCUUACUGUUGAUGAAUUUUAGUAUAUUAUCAGCAGAAUGUUUUAAACUCAUUUUUCAGUAAAGUCUUUAUAAAGUAUAUAGUAUUUAUUAUCAGACUGUAUGUAAAUUGCUAUUUUUUGUACACUAAGAUGUAUAAUAAUAGUGUUCAUUCUAAUGUGUUUGUGUGUAUGUGUGUGUUUUUAUUAUCAUAAACUGAUCAUUUUCUCAAUAUUUUUCUAUGGUGAACUGCUAUACUAUUUGCAUUUUAUAGUUCUGGUCACUAGAAAACACCAUUUAUUCUGGUUGAGUUUUAAUUCAGAAUGAACAUGUAAUGAAAUAUGCAAUCUUUUUUUUUUUUUAGCCAUACACGCCUUUUAACAUUCAGCUGCCUUUAAUUGCCUGUCCACACACUGGAUGUGCCAUUCCUUAAAGAUUUUCUGAAAGAUUAUUUUCUCAGUUCAUACGUUGUUGCUAUUUCUAGUUGUGAUUACUAUAAUCAUGCUACUGUUUUGGAUUUGUUACAUUAUUUUACUUUUAUGCAUAUUCAUGGAUUUAGGACAUUCAGUCAUGUAACUUAGUUUUUCAUCCCCAACUUAAUAAAUCUUAUAUUAUAAGCCUGUCAUUUCUGAUAGUUAUGUGUGAAAAUGCAUAGAAUAUCAUAAUUUAUUAAGUCAAAUUCUUGCUAUUACUAAUUGAGUAUUAGUAAUAAAAUGUGCUCUAAGGAUUUUUGUUUUGGAGUUCUUUCCAAAUUAAUGAUUUACUGUGUCAUUAGGGUGUAUUUGCCUCAGACAGACAAAGAGCAGCAGUUUUUGGUGAUGUGUACUUUACACCUGUAUAGCAGAGAACUAAUCAAAUGUUUUUAAAUUCUCUGUACAUUUUAAAGGAAUGUUUUUUUGUUUUGGUGCAGAGAAGUUUUAAUACAUGAAAUAAUUACUGGCUGUAGGGCUCUUUUAUUGUGAUCAUGUAUAUUCACUUUUUAAAGUGUUGCAUAUUUUUAAAGUGAUCAGUGUUCUUUUUUUGAAGAACAGAAAUUGUCACUUUUUUACAGAUUGGUUAAUUAUUUCAAUAAAAAUACAAUAUGUUUGAAA